UUGAUGACGUCCGGGUAAUGGCCGCCCUCGCUGUGCCGUGCAGGGUUUAUGAAUUUCUCCGGUAAAGAAAAUUAAAAACCCCGACAAAUCGUUCAUUGUUUGAACGCAGUCACCUUGAAGCGAGAGACCGGGUGACUCCCUACACCGAGACCCUGUCUUUAAAGACGCUGUGCUUUGAAAGGUGACCGAAUGUGUUUAAUUCGCGAUCUCCGUGUUUUGUAGGAGGGAGAGCUUAUUGUUGCAUGAUGCGUUAGACAGCGUGCAUCGAAGCAACAGUGCGACGCUUUAACCGGUUAUUUUAGAGUCUUACGUUCUCGCGUGGGCUGUUUAAAGUUACGUUUCGAUGUUUACGACGCGCGAUCGUGUGGGAAAUGUCCGAAAUUACGUCGUCGUCUAGCGAGCGCGCAGGAUUCAGGCCUGUUAGCCGCAUCGCCAUCAACGAGCUGUCCCGUUAAAGAUAAAGCGGCUAAUAAGACAUGUGUCGCCCUCACAUGAAUCCAUUGCCUUAAAUCUGAGAAGAGUUCUUGCUAAUGGAUACGCCUGAGAGCCCGACCCAAUCCCCACAAUCCCCUGAGGAGGAGGAGGAGGAGAAGGGUCUCUCUGACAGUGAGCUGCUGGAAUCACCCGAGUCCCCAACAGAAGAAGGCAAGGUAGUGUCGGAUAGUGAGCUUUUGAACGAUGAUGAAAAUGAAGGACAAGAGGAUGGAGGAGACUCCGACUUUGAUGGAGAAAGGGUUGCAGCUGAUGAAGAAGAUCCAGAAGAAAUUUCAGACCAGGAGGACUACAAGAUUGAUGCUGACGUGAUAGAAAACAUCCACCAACACGGUCGAGGAAGCAGGCAGGAUGCCAGCCGGUCUCCUGAGGAGGAAAUUCUAGAAACGCCAAGAUCACCCGAUCCUGAGUCACCAGAGCCAGACCACGAGCGGCCUUUCACCCCAGUAGAGGAGGAGAAGGAAGACACGAGAGGAGAGUAUGAGGAUGAUGAUGGCAUUGAAGAAACCACCAAAUCUAACCGUAGCCGUUCUGCGCUUGAGGAGGACGAGGAUGAGGAAGAGGAACGGAGGAGGAGGAGGGCGGUGAUGGUAGUGAGUGAUUUGAAAGAUGAGUCUUCUGUGUCCAGAGAUCUAGAUGAACAUGAGCUGGAUUACGAUGAGGAGGUUCCUGAGGAGCCCAGCACUGCUGCUCCUGAGGAAGAGGAUGCAGAAAAGGUUCCUGCUGGUGAGGUUGGAGAUGAUGAUGAAGAGGAUGAAGAGGAGGAAAAGAGAAGGAAGAAAAAGGAAAGGAAACCCAUUCUGCCACCAGACAAUACGGACUCUCCACGAAAAAAGUCUGUGGACUCCAAGGGUCAGGAAGGAGGCAGGAGAGACUCGUUUCGUGAUAAAAAGAAAGAUGAAGAUGAUGGAGAGAUUGAUGAGGGAGAGAUUGAAGAUGAUGAUCUGGAAGAGGGAGAGGUGAAGGAUCCCACAGACAGGAAGAUCAGACCAAGACCCAUCUGCAGGUUUUUCAUGAAAGGAAAUUGCACUUGGGGCAUGAUCUGUAGGUUCAUCCAUCCGGGAGUCAAUGAUAAAGGCAACUACUCCCUCAUCACCAAACCAGACCCCUUCUCUCCUAAUGGAGCCCCUCCUGUGGGAGGAGGACCUCACCCCCUUAUGCCUGGAAACCCCUGGGGGGGGCCUGCAGUAGAGGAGUUACCUCCGCCGCCUCCUCCUUUAGAUCCUCCUGUGGAGAGUGCCUGGGAAAGAGGCCUUAGACAUGCCAAAGAGGUGUUGAAGAAAGCCACUAUUCGUAAAGAACAGGAACCAGAUUUUGAGGAGAAACGUUUUACCGUAACCAUCGGUGAAGAUGAUCGAGACUUUGACAAAGAAAAUGAUUUCUUCAGGGAACGCGGCUAUCGCAUCACAAGGGAAAUCAGAGAUCCUAGUGAUAUAGAGAUCAGAGAUCCAGGUUAUGGGGAUCCGUAUGUUGACCCGUACUAUGAUAUUGAGAUGGAUGCUUUCUGGCGAGGAGGCCAGUAUGAGAACUUCAGGGUGCAGUACACAGAGACCCCGCUUCCUUACUACCCUGACCGAGAGCGUGAGCGAGACCCUCGCGAGCGCCACCGAGAAAGGGAACGGGAACGCGAGAGAGACCACCGGGAGCGGGAGCGCAGACAGAGAGAGCGCGAGAGAGAAAGAGAGAGGGAACGCGAGAAGGAGAGACAGCGCAGGAAGGAGGAAUGGGAGCGAGAUCGUCUGAAACGGGAUGAAAAGGAGGGACGGCCCAGGGAGCGACCACCUAAAGAGCCACGGGAGAAGAAGGAAGAGAAAGAAAAGCCGCUUAAGCCACCACGUUCACCCUCAAACAUGCCCCCCAGAGGGCCAAUGCAGCCACCACCUAAGAAAGAGAUGAUGCCCAUGCCCAAAAGACCAGAUGAAUGGAAGGACCCCUGGCGCAGGUCAAAAUCCCCUAGGAGAAGGCCCGGUCUCAUGGGCUCUCCUCCACACGGCCGCAGACGACACAGACCUUCUGGAUCUUCUGUUUCUCUCUCCAAUUCUUCUAGGUCGUCAUCCCGGUCCUCGACGUUCUCAGGCUCUGGCUCCUCCCGGUCUCGUUCGCGGUCUUCAAUGAGUUCCUUCUCGAGCCAAUCCUCUCAACAUAGCUCUUUCAGCGGAAGCCGCUCAAGAUCAAAAUCUUUCUCUUCGUCUCCCUCCCCAUCCCUGUCAGCACAGAAAAAUACUAUUAAGAACAAAGUAGAGCAGCCUCCUGUUGCAGUGAAGGGCUCCCCGGUGAAGUCUGGUGCACCGCCCCCUCCUCGCAAGGAUAAAGGACCCCCCAAAAUGACACCCAGCCCCUUAUUGCCUGGACAGCCGGGGAAGCCACCCAAGCCCAUCACAGAGGCGCCUAAGCCCCCUAACCCCCGUCCGAGCGGCAGGCCCCCUGGACCACGAGAGCCGAGAGAACCCCCCAACAUGAGAGAAGGACGUAAGAAAGAACGUCAACAGCACCCACCUCGCAGGCGGACAGUCAGUGGCAGCGUCAGUGGUAGCGCAAGCAGUUUUUCCGGCUCUAGCUCACACUCGAGGUCUCGUUCAUCCUCCCCAUCGCUCUCACGGUCUCGAUCCGGAUCUCAGAAAUCUCGGUCUUUGUCGGUCAGCAGCGUGUCAUCCGUCUCCUCUGCCUCCUCUAGUAGCAGCUCGGUCAGGAGCGCCGAUUCAGAGGACAUGUACGCCGACCUGGCUAGCCCUGUGUCCUCCGCCAGCUCCCGAUCACCCACCCCAGGACACGCCCGGAAGGACAGGGUCCCUCCGCGAGACAGGGGCCCCAACAAAGACAGAGGAAAACCCCCAAAGAAAGACGAGCCUUUUAAAGAUGAGAGGAAGCGGGUUGACCCCUCCGGACUCCCAUCCAAAACCAACUCUGGCAUGCCAAGGUCCGGGUCUGGAAACCGGGGACACCCUAUGCACCCGCCUCCCAUGGGUCCUCCAGGAGGAUAUGGCUCUCAUAAGGACAUCAAACUUACGUUGCUCAACAAGCAGCAAACCGACAGAGGCAAUAGGAAGAGGUACUUUCCUGCUGAUAGAGAGCGACCCCCUUCCCCUCUCAGUAAGAGGAUAGCGCUGUCACCUGACAGAGGUCGAGACAGGAGGAUGCCAGGACGGCCCCCGCUGUCUCCCAGAAUGGAUCGAUCCAAAGGUCAAGGGCCUCGGCCAAUGCCACCACAAGGAGAAAGAAAGCGACCUCUGUCUCCACCACCCAAGUUCUCUGGAAAAGGUCCUGCGGCCGUGUCUGCUGGUAAACCUCCCGCACCUGGAGCUGGAUCCGGUUCCAGCUCGGCUUCUGGUUCGGGCUCAGCCAAGCCGAGCAGCACCCUUUCUCGCCGCGAGGAGCUGCUGAAACAAUUGAAGGCCGUAGAGGAUGCCAUAGCCCGCAAAAGGGCCAAAAUCCCUGGGAAAUAAGCCACGUCAGCAUGGCCUCAUACAGCUUCUGGGACAUCUGUUUCUGGACGCCCAGGAUUUGCCAGAAAUGGGGAUAUGGUCACCGUUCUUUGACCUCACAGGGCAUCGCAUAAUUCAUGUCCUGGGGGAAAAGAGGCCACAGAUCGUUUCUGCUUGUGUUGCCCUCCGAGAGAGGUCGUCUAGAUUUUAUAUUGAUGUGAUAAAGUUGAGAAGUGUCACUGUUCAUUUUCACUCUUUCAUUUUUGGAGGAAGUUCCAAGAAUACUGUAGGUUUCGAUAAUAAAAACUAUGUACAUUCAAUGCAUAUUUUUGUGCUCCAUCCCCCCACAACUCAUUUUUUCUCUCUCCUGUUUGUUUUUCCACACUCCUGUUUAGUUGAGGGGAAAGUUCUGGUGGACAGACAGGGCUCUGAGCUUUGUGGACAUAACGACGCAGUCUUAUUUGGCGUGUGUACAUUUGCUGUCUGGAAUAUGGAACUGCUUUUUUAGAACUUUUUCAUUAGCAAGUCCACCUAUAAUUUGUCAAUCAACCCCCGUGUAUGUUCCUCACCAUGUACAUUGUUGCUUAGUGUAUGAUUCUAGAGAACCAAUGACAGUGAUGUGAUGUAUUGCUUUUUUUUAAGAUUUUGCAUUGUUUUCCCCCUAGCUUUUCAAGCAAAAACUGGCAUUUUAUUUCCCCCUCAUUUUUAGUUGAAAAUGUGUGAUUGAGAACCUGGUGAUAAGAAAUAAACCGUUGUGCUUUUUGUGACAGAAAAAGCUUCUAAAUAAACUAUUUUGAUAAAGAGAACCCGCUUUUGAUUGA